UUGUUUUCAAGCGAGUGGUCAGGAGAGAACAAGGUCUGGAGCUGCGGCCUCUGCUGCUGACAGGGCCCGGAAUCAGGGCCUCUCCUGGCGACCGGAGCCUGGAGGUUGUUAGUGUUGGUGUCUGACCGAGGCAGUGGCUGGUCGGCCCAGUAUGGAUGAUAGUAAGGUGGUGGGAGGUAAAGUGAAGAAACCUGGAAAGCGAGGACGUAAACCGGCUAAAAUUGAUUUAAAGGCAAAGCUUGAAAGAAGUCGCCAGAGUGCCAGAGAAUGCAGAGCAAGAAAGAAACUGCGUUAUCAGUACUUGGAAGAGCUUGUGUCUAGAAGAGAGAGAGCAAUCUGUGCUCUGAGGGAAGAGCUAGAGAUGUACAAGCAGUGGUGCACAGCAAUGGACCAGGGAAAAAUACCAUCAGAAAUAAAAGCACUACUCACAGGGGAUGAGCAAAGUAAAGCACAGCAGACUGUGAACAAACAAGGAAAAGCAAGAACUGAAGGAAGUGCCAAUUUGGUCUAAUAACUCUGACAUUCUGUUACUUGGAAUUGAUGAUGAGGAAAUGAUCAAGCUAAAAUCUGUAUUUGCCAGUGUAAGCGAUAUUGUGCAAUACUGGUGACUAACCAGAGAAAGAAGCUAAAAUCAUUCUCAACUGCACCCUUCGGCAAAAUUUGAAAUAUUACGUUCUUUAACAAAUGUAGAAUAAUAUUUUAUGAACUCAAUUUCUGAGUUUCUAAUUAUGCUGUAUAUCUGUAAGUAAUGUAAAUUGAAUGUAG